CUUUCGUUGCCUUCGUCGCCUUCCCAUCGCCCCUGCCUUGGACUCCGACCAGUGUGAGAAGGGAAAGGGUAGCAGCCGUCGUCUCUUCUUGGGAUCGCACGCCGCGCGCAAGGAGAGGAGGCGAGGUUGCUAGUGAGGAGGGAAGAGAGGAGAGGAGAAGAGGUGGUGGUGGUAGAAGGAGGGGGAGGAUGAGCGAGGAGAGGCCGGUGCCGCGGCGGGAGAGCCCGUGGGGUUUGCCGGAGGGCGACAAGCGGCAGCCCAAGGCGCACCGCUGCAACGACCGCGUCGAGGAUGUCGUCCAGGCUUGCUUUGAAGGGAAUCCAUUCAAGACAGUUCCAGGUCCAUUCAAGCUCUUCUGGCAAUGCAUGCGGUCGAAUCCUGGGGAGGAACCAACCGAACCGUAUACUUACCUGCAGCUGGAUCCUCCAAAAAGGGCGGAAGUCAAGCUGGAGUAAACAGCACGUGAAUCUUCAUCAAGCGUGCCUAAUUUAUUUGAUAGUAGUGAAUUUCUCUUCACCUUUCAAGCAGUUCUUACCUCCUAGGGAUCAUAUGAGCACAAUGCUGCCCUAUGUUUGGAUGUUUAUAAUCUAAUAAAAAACCGAUCUUCAAAGCUGCCUUUUCCAGGCGGUGAACUCCUUGAAA